AUGGGCAAGAGAGGGAGGAGGGAGGAGGAGCAGAGGCAAAAGCAGGAGAAGGAGGAGCAAGGGCAAAAGCAGGAAGAGAAACGUAACGGAAAACAGGAGGAGGAGCAGGGGCAAAAGCAAAAGGGGGGGCAGGGGCAAAAGAAGGAGGAGGAGCAGGGGCAAAGAGACAGAGAGUGGCACUCCUAAUCAGCCAAUCUCAGUCUCUUUGGUGCAGGCGUCUCCUCCUCAUCACUGUCCUCCCUCUGCCGCCGCCUUCCCCUGACAGAGGAAGCAGGAGAAGCAGCAGGGGAGGAACCAGGAAGAGAAGGAGAGACGUGAGGAGAAGCAGAGGGAGAGGAAGGAGUGAAGGCAGAGAGGGAAGAGACAGAGGAAGAAGAUGGAGAUAAAGGAAGGAAAUCAGAGGAAAAAAAAGGAUAAGAGAACAAAGAGAAGUAAGAGGGAGGAGAAGAGAAUGUAGGAGAAGGAGGAGCAGGGACAAAAGAAGGAGGAGGAGAAGCAGGGACAAAAGCAGGAGAAGGAAAGUAACGUAAAAGAGGAGGAGGAGGAGCAGUGGCAAAAGAAGGAGGAGGAGGAAAAGGGGCAAAAGCAGGAGGAGAAACGUAAAGGAAAACAGGAGGAGAAGCAGACAAAGAGGAAGCAGAGGAAGGAGAAGCAGAGACAGGGGAAGAAGAUGGAGAUAAAGCAAAGGGAUCAGAGGAAGAAGAAGAAAAAGAAGAAAAAUAAGAGAGGCCAGUGGGAGAAGGUAGUGGAGGAGAAGGAGGAGGAGGAGGAGCAGGGGCAAAGGCAGGAGGAGGAAUGUAAAGGAAAACAGGAGGAGAAGCAGGCAAAGAGGAAGCAGAGGAAGGAGAAGCAGAGACAGGGGAAGAAGAUGGAGAUAAAGCAAAGGGAUCAGAGGAAGAAGAAGAAAAAGAAGAAAAAUAAGAGAGGCCAGUGGGAGAAGGUAGUGGAGGAGAAGGAGGAGGAGGAGCAGGGGCAAAGGCAGGAGGAGGAACGUAAAGGAAAACAGGAGGAGCAGCGGCAAAAGAAGGAGGAGAAGUAGGAGGAGAGGCAGGGAUAAAAGCGUGAAGAAAAAAAGGACGAAAAGCAAGAGAGGAAGCAAAGGAAGAAGCAGGAGAGGAAAGAAAGGAAGAAGCAGGAGGGUUAGCAGGAGGAGGAGCAACAGUGGCCGCAGGAGCUGCAGCCACAGCAGGAGGAGGAGCAGCAACAUGAGGAGGAGCAGGAGCAGCUGCAGGAGCAGCAGCAGGAGCAGCGAGCUGGAGGGCACCUCCUGAGGGAGGAAGUUUUAAAGGGUCAAAAUCGGUGCAUCCAUAAAAGAGAAUGAGACAUCAUGAGGCCUACAGGAUCAUUCAUGGUAUUCUGCUGUUUGACUUUUUGUGACCCCUUAUCAACGAUAACUGCAGUUAAGAUGCUGAUUUGUUACACCCAUUCUCUUCCUCGUAUACAUAUUGUGUAAAUAUUUUUUACAGUGUAUUUGUAAGGGGGUUUUUGAGUUUGAGCGCCUUCACUUCCGGUAAAGGGAUUGUCCGCAUUUACCGAGUCUGCUAUCUGUCAGUGUAGUGGCAGAAAUAAUGGCUACCACACAAUCAAUUAUUGGCUGUGUCUGAAAUGAAUCACUCAAUCCCUAACCCCUAACCCCCAUAUGAGGUUUCAAAUAUAAUUGACUAUGUAGUGAACUCAAUCACUGGAGGUUUUGGACACUACAUGGCAAGAUGCAAUACAUGACAGGAUGCCCACCACCGGUGAGUGACCAUCGGAUGGUCACUACAUUUUGCAAUGCUUUAUGGGAAAUUUUGAGUCGCCUAUAUGAGGCACUGGAAUUGAUCACUUAGGUUUUGGACACCCCUCAAAAGGGCGCUAACCCCCAUAUAGUCACCUAUAUAGGGGUUAGGGAUCUAUUUUGGACACAGCCAUUACUAUUUUGAGUGUCCUUUAAAAUUUGAAACUCCUUUUUGUCUUUUACUCAAAGACGCACAGUCUGGGUCAAUGACGUGAUGCCUAAAUAUUCUUUCCGGCUGUAUUUUCUUUAAGUUACAAAAAGAUUUAAAUAUUAAAAAAAUAUACUAUAUAUGUGUAGUAUCUCUCUUAUAUAUGUAGUCACUUCAACUUUUCAAAAAUCAGGAGUUAUUUAUAAUUUUUCUGAACUUCAAAGUGUCAAAAUAUCAUGUGGUGCGACCGUCCAGCCAUGACUUCUGUUUUGAAAACUUCUUUGAAAUUACUCCUAAUCUAUUACAAUUUAUUUUCUGCAAUAUUUGGCAUGAUUUAGAAAGUGUUUUGUAUUCCUGUACAAAACUGCAAUGCUUUUGCAGUUAUAUCGUUUUCAUAAUGUGGGUCAAUAACGUGAUGCCUAAAUAUUCCGUCCGGCUGUAUUUUCUUUUAGUUACAAAAAGGUUUAAAUGUAAAAAAUAUACUAUGUGUAGUAUCUCUCUAAUAUGUGGAGCCACGUCAACUUUUCAAAAAUCAGGAGUUUUUUGUAAUUUUUUUUUUUACUUCAAAGUGUCAAAAUAUCAUGUGGUGCGACCGUCCAGCCAUGUUUAGAAAACUUCUUUGAAAUUACUCUUAAUCUAUGACAAUUUAUUUUCUGCAAUAUUUGGCAUGAUUUUCAAAGUGUUUUUUUAUUCCUGUACAAAAUUGCAACGCUUUUGCAGUUAUAUUUUUUUCAUAAUAUACAAACAAAUUUUGUCCGAUCAUGUCCAUUUCAUUAAAUAUCAUGUGGUGCGACCAUCAAAAAAUGACAAUUUUUGACACUUCUAUCCUGAAAUCUACUCAAGGACAGGAAGUUGCAUCAUUCACCAUUUUGUCAUAGAGCUAUGGAAGCAGAAAGAGGGUUGGUGGCGCUCUCAUUUCUUAAAAAAAAAAAAAAAGACCUUUUCAACUACUGUAAUGGCAUUGCCACUUUUGGAUGUCAUGAGGUAUGACCUCAAAAAAAAACAAAAAAAAAAACAGUUAAUUUAAGUUAUUUCCACAAAUAUGUAUUUUAAUUAUAAAUUUCAUAGUGACCUUUUGUGGGAAGCUAGUGAGCUUUGUUUAUGUGGCUAAUCCUGUAUCAAUAAGAUUUGACUGAACUUGAAAAUGUCAUGCAGUGCGACCAAUUAUCAUGUGGUGCGACCACUGCGGAUUGUUUUCCAUCAUAAAUAUAUGCCCCAGAUUGGCAGUAUUUACACUUUUUAUAUUCAAUUGAUGAUUGAUAAACACUAAGUACUUAAUUUUUAGAAUUAUUUUGAAUAUUUUUUUGUUAUUUGAUGAGUCAUUUUGCAAAUAUUUCAGAAAUAAUGGUUAGUUCAUCUUUGUACAAAAUAAAAAAUAUAUAUAUUAAAAGCAUGCCAUUUUCACUUCACAGGUAUUUAUGCUGUUGUUAGCAAUUUAUUAAUUUUCAUGUAUCAAUUUAAGUCAUUUUAAUUUAUUUUACCAGAUGCCACUGCCAAGCAAAGUUAAAAGCGCUCGCCAUAGGCAGCAUGUCAACUCUGACCCUGCAGCAUGUUGUUCAUGCGAGGACUGGUCAAAGAUUGGGCAAAGUUUAAAAAGGCCUGAGGCCUGUACAACGAAGCUGGAUUUGAUCUUAGCGAAAUAACUUAUGGAAUAACUGGGUUUACCGCUGAUGAAGGUGGAUUUCUUUCUUUUCAGGUCUGUUGCCCCGGUAACUUACACGGAAUACCAAACCUGCUCCGGAGCAGGUUAUGUUUCAGGAUAAGAUCUCAGCAGGUAUAAAAGACCGCCCACUGACCAAUCAGAUCUCUUGGAAAAUGGCUUGCCCACUUUUGCCGGAUCCCGGGGACAUUGUUGCACGGAUAGUGAGAGGAGCGCUUCGCCGAGAUCGUUCAAAUCUGUUUGAUUUACCUGAUGAGGUUCUCUAUGAACAUUACAGGUUUUCCUCGGAUGGCCUCAAUAUUCGGGUAGCAUUAGGUCGAAGCAGUGCACUAAUAUUUGCCAAGCUCCAAGUUCCAAUUUCAUGCAGCAUAUCGGUCAUCAUUCAGAAUUUAUUGAAGCAGAUUAGAAAACUCCUCUUAACUCCAAAUGUGUCUGCAGAUGACAUGUGACCAUCAGAUGAUGGAGAAAAAAGAAAAAAUGGCAGUGUGGGGAAAUCACUGUUUACGCGUUGAAAUAUGCACAAAUAAAAUCUUCCAAUAAACCUACUAACCACUUUGACGGAUGUUUUUAGAUUUAUUUUUCUUUGCUCCCACGCACAGAGCUUGACUGACCACAACUGAAUUUAGUUAGCGAGUUGAUAUCCUGCCUCGUAGUACAGCAGAUCGGGAUUACGGAGAUCAGGUGAAGUUGAGUGAGUUGUGGCAGAAUUAUCCUGGGUGUGUUCAUCCAGUUUCUACAGGCCUCUGGGCCACGUACACAGACACAGAGUUAAAUUUUUGUCAAAAAAAUGAAAUGAAAUGUUUGUGUUCAUGUUUGAAAUGUAAGUGAAAUUUGGUUUGAAUAUAAAAUUUGCAUGAAAUUAAUUGUUCAUAGGUCUGUUUACAUUGAUUUUUAAUGAUACAAGGUCUUCAGGUGACUACUGACAAUUUGUAAAAAAUUAUGGAGUAUGUUGAGAUAAAUUAUGGUCGCACUACAUGAUAUUUUUUAAGGUCACGGGCAAUUCAUCUAUAUGAAAAAACACUAAAAAUUGCCUUAUUUAAAAAUUUAAUGUUAAUUUUUGUAUACACAACAUCCUUAGUGUUUGAACUGUUACAAAAGAUAUUCUUAUUUUUGGUAUUUUAAAAUUGGCAUGUUGAAAAACCUUAUAAGUCAUUGACCCGCCUGCAUUAAACUUCAGUCUCAACACUUAUGUCUAUCUAUUAUUUAAACAGACUUCAUAUCAUUUUAAUAGCUGAACCAUCACUGCCAAGGUAUAAUUAAUGAGCUUUGCAAGGCACGCAUGCGCAUUCCACCUAAUUCAGGUCCGCCCCUUACAGUUCUAAUAUCUCCAAGUUAUGAACAAAAACAGUUUUUUUAAAACAUUUGAAAGAAGUGGCCCAGGCGCCAUCUUUGAUAAUGUUAUUUCUACAGUUAAUUUUGAAAGUUGAAGUCUUUACACCAUACACACACAAGCAAAUAAAAGAUCUUUCGCCUUAACACACCUCAAUUAAUAAGUUUUUACCAAUUUCUCCAAACAAAAUUAGACAUUUCUGACAUUAAAAUGUGGUUUUGGGUCAAGCUAUCUUAAGAGUGGAAUUCAUAACUUCAAAUAACUGUCGAUUCUUACACUUUAAUCCUACUUGAUAGAUAACAACUUUAUCUAAAAUCAUUUAACAUGUAAAUUUGAGGGGAAACGGGAGGAUUUCAUUGAUAAAUUUUAAAGCUGUCUUACCUGUCUCGCUGGACAGGAUGCGCUCCUCCCGGCGUCCGUGGGCGGCCAUCCUUAGUUUAAUUCGGAACUGCAGGUGUUCUUCCUCGGCGGUUUUUCGCUCUUGGUGUUCUCCUCAGGUGUUUUUCCUUCUCGGUAAGACUCGUCCAGGUGAAGUUAGCCUUUUCAAACUAUCGUCUUCUCAGAUUAAAGUUUUGCACAAGCCGGCCAGAGGUUCAGUUUGUUUUGAUUUGAAAGAUAUCAAACAUUCCGAAUUUAUAGGCAACCACGAGCGCGCGUCACCGCUCUGUUACUAUGGCUGUCAGUGACGCGCGAGCGUGAGCGAUAGUAUAUGCAGUAAAAAUGUUUAUCAAAUUAUUUUCAUUGUUGAUUUUUAUCUGUUUUCCGAUGUCAUUUCAAUCCAGCCUUGAACACGGAAAUAAAGUUUAUUUCAGUGAAAACAUUUUUUAUUCAACUGUUCGUUUCCAAACCACGGACCGGAAAUAAAGAGUUCUGAUAUACCUGAGCAAGAUCUACAUUUAGUACAAGCUGGGGCGGAUCUACCGGGUGGCAUGGAGUGGCAAAUGCCACCCUAAUAGACAGGCUUGCCACCCCUGUUGCCACCCCAGUUGGCAGCGACAAAUUAAAUGGCCAAUUUGACAUUUACGAAUGUUAAUCUCCAUUGUCCAACUGCGAUGAAAGCAGCACGAGAUUGCAUCAGAGCGUGGGUGGCGACGCAGCGGGUGUUGUGGUGGUGUGCCCGCGAGACGACUGACUUUUCUAAUUGACAAAAGCGAAGGAGCUGGCCAGUAGUCGCAAAAAAAGAGGGAGACACGAGAGGAAUGAGGUAAAAACUGAUUAACUACCAAUGAAAUAAUUUGUGAUGAAAGCACAGUGCUAGCGCUGCGGCAAUGCUGAUUUUGAGAUCGUGUUGAAGAGCGUAAUUUCGCUAAUUUUAAGCUAGGCUACAUGUAGCCUGGCUGGGCCAUCCUGUUGCGUGAGUCACUUGACGUUCCUUCCCACAACAAGGAACGUCAAGUGAUUCACGCAACAGGAUGGCCCGGCGAGGCUAGGCUACAUGUGCAUCAGCAGCUAGAUCCUGUGUAGGCUAUGAAAGCUAAUAUUGAUUCCAUAUCUGGCAGAGCAACAUAAGUAGAAUAAAUUCAAAUCUUGCAGAAAUGAAGAGGAAAGGCUGCAUAAUUAGUUUUUUUUUUCACCAAAGACAAGGAAAAAGGCAGGAGAGAUAGAAAACGAGGUAGACACGAUAAGAAGGAUGAAGAGAGAGGCCAGGUGGACGGAGAGAGAGACCAGGUGGAAGGACAGAGGGAAGACUAAGACAGAGUGGAAGAAGGGAGAGAAAGGCACAACAAAAGUCACCGUAGUAGAACAGCGGGCCAAGGUGACCAGGGACAUGAGGAGGUGGCGGGAGAAGACUAUGUGGAGCAGGGAGAACAUCUCAGAGAUGAGGAGGCAGAAGAGAGACAAGACAACGUGCAGGACCAUAGACUGUAUAUACAAUGGACAACUUGGUUCCACCUACCGCCUGUAUACGGAUUUGAAGCCAAAAAGCUCUCGAUAUUUCCAGGAUUUUUCUUCAUUUCCUGAAACCAGCGCUGCGCAGUAGCGAUGCGCGCAUUCGGCCACGCAGUCGCCGAGAGUCGCCAUGAUAAAGAUUUAGAGAUCAAAGUUGUAAAUUUAGGAGAAUAAAGUCAUAAAGUAAAUAAAGUCAUAAAGCUGCUUUUGUGGAUGGGGAAAUGACUGAAGCUGGUCAUCUGCAGGGUUAUUGGUGGAUGUAUCAGCGGGUCAUUCAGAGAGAUUUUGUGGUUUCUGAAGAAACAAUCCAACUGAUGAUCAACAUUUAUGAUCCAGAGGCAGUCGAGCUCCGACGAGCACCACGUCUCUGACACCGGCGGUAACCUACACCUGCAGAGACACCAACACCUUAUUAUGGCAAAUGGAUUCAUAUCAUAAACUAAAGCUCAAUGCCAUUCACGGCUAUUUACGGCUGCAUAAACGGAUAUAUCCUCAGCAUAUUAAUUUCUGCCAUUUCUAGGCACACUUCAAAUGCGCCGUUCGAUGGUGCGGUCUCUGAAAUGAGACACAGCCAGUGUAUCCCCACAGGUGAGCUACGCAAUCCCUGAACACCCAUAGGCUGUAUCAGGUGUCAAUCAUAGAAAACAUGAACCCCCUAAUAACUUUUAAAAACGGAGCUUCACAGAAAAAAGAGGACUUGAGCACAAACCAGUCUUACUGUAACUACAUGUCAACAUCACAAGCAGGGGGGAGAAAAAUGUAUGUUCUGUGUAAUAAAUUUUUAAAGUUUGUCCACAGCCCCAUAAGCUUUGCUGGCGGAGGCGGGAUUUAUGACCCAUACUGCAGCCGAUCAACAGAGGGUGCUGUUCUCGGAGUGACUUCACCAAGCGAGGAGGCGGAUGCUGUCCAUUCUUUAUACAGUCUAUGUGCAGGACCCAGACAAUGAGAGGGAGAUGAGAGAGCAUGAGUCAUCAGCAACCAUCUCCAGUCAAGCUGGUCCAGAUGGUAAGGAAAGUAGAGAGAGACAUUGCUUGGACUUCUUCAAAUAAAUAUAAAAAUGUGUGUUUGCUUAAAUAUGAAUAACUAGGGAAACUUAAUUGUGAAAAGUGUGAUGACGUGGGGACAGCGCUUUAGUAGUUUGUGAACAAUGUAUUUUAGAUCCACUGCUGAGGUUAACUUCCAGAAUUAAACAAAUGUUAGUGUGUUGACACAGCCUGAUGGUUAUGAGUAACCAAUGACAGUUCCAAUUUGAUUAUGAUUUUAUUAGUAGUUAUAUUGUGUCAUUAUUUCAGAGAAAUGCAGUUUCAAUCUUUCCUCCCCUCCGUAUUCUAGAUAUAUCCAAAUCCAGAUGUGAGCUACCAGUGCAGCCAACACAGGAGGAUUUCCCCAAGACCUUCCAGGAAGGAGCCAGAAGAAGCGUCUGCAGUGACUGGUACAAAUGCCAUCCCUGGCUAGAAUGUUCGCAAUCAAUACUCAGCCUUUAGUCAAAACGCACAAAAGCAUUAGAUCUAGAUAAAUUUGUGAAGUGUUGUGCCGAACAGCAUGGAAAUCGCUGAACUACUCAAACUACUUCUACUGCUUACAUGACUACUCUCACUACGCUGACUACUUAUCAUACUUCUUAUAGUACUACAACUUAAACUUAUGCCACUUCUCACCUUUCUGCCUUUUAAGGUAAUUUCCUUCUUCAUUUAAACUUUAUGCAAUUUUAGACAUUUUUCUAGCCUCUUUAAGCAUGAAUAAAAUUUCAAUUUAUAGAGCAUAUUCAUACUUUUUGUCCUUGAACCAGUUUCACAAUUAUCCAACUUCUAUUUCUUUUUCACCCCUUCAACAGCUUUUAAAUUUAUACCUUUCUCCAUUUUUUAUUAGCAGUUCAGCAUUGCUUUUUCAGAUUUGAGGACUCAACAUUUCCACGCAUUUUCUGUAAGGAAAUGCAAUUUUUUAGUUUUGUGUCAUGUUUUCUUUUUUUGUGUUGUUUUUCUGAUUUAUUGUUGUGUUUUGCACCUCAGGGCCACCGUAAAGAUGUCCACAAAAACAGUUUACCUUCUUAUAAUGCACUAAGAAAGAACCCUUGGUCUACUUUCAUUUUUAACCGCUGAUAAGGCCCCUUCAGCGACCACAACAUCCGGUCUAUGUUUAUCUAAAAAAUAACAUUUAACUGAUCUCAUGUUGUCAAUGUGCGUAGCGUGUAUAAAUAAAAAUAUAAAAGGUAGGUUUUAUUAUCAUCUGCACCAAAUAGCAUGAAUGUGACAGCUACACUUUCUCUUAGUCAAUGUCCAGUUAAUUUCUAAUAUUUAAUUUUCUUUGUAAUUUUGUCAGGAAGGGAAGCUACCCAGUGAAUGUUUGAAAGAAGGCCUCUGCAAAGCCAUACAGACAUCUUUCUUUGAAUGCAUGAGGUCAAUGGUAAGUCAGCAGGGGUGAGAAGGGAGACCAGAAUCAAAACAAAAAUCUAGGAUUUGUUUAAAGAUGACCUGACUGGUGCUCUGUGCCUUAACAAGAGUGUUUCCUCUUUUUCUAGCCGAACACAAGAUCAAGAUUCAGAGGAAGAAAAGGUGAAUAAAAUAAGUUUGUUUAAACUGAGAUUCUUUUGUUAAAACAUUUUAUUGUUUAUUGAACAUUAAAAAAGCUGUGUGACGGUGACAUCAUAUGAUUAGGGUUUGUAUGUACAGUAGUGAGUCAUAGGAUUUAAAAAAUUAGCUUCAUUUUAAGUGUUCACUACAAGAUACUACAAAUACACAGUAUCUAUUUGUUGUCAUUAUAAAAAUGACAAAAAUGCUCUUGAAAUAAAAAAACAAAGGGGCCAAAGAACAACAAAUGAACACUUAUGUUCAGCCCAGAUCUGCAGACAGGAAGUUUCUCACUCAUGGCUCUUUAGCAUGUUCACUGCUGUUAUUUUAAAGCAGCCAUCAUCAUCUGCUCAAACUUCUUCAUAUCCACCUUCUUCAUGAUAAAAGCCUUCUUAGGCGCCUCCUUCCCCUUCAGGAACCCCACAGUAUCCAUGACCAUCAUGCCCCGGGUAUGUGUGCCUGUCAGCUCCACGCUAACAGGAUACUCGUCAUAUUCCAAGAUGAAUGAAUCAUCCAUAGCAGCCGCCAUGGCGUACGAGUCACAGGAAACAAACCCUGUGCCAGCAACAAACUCUUUCUCGCAGCGUUCGCUUCGUGAAGCCUCGAUGCUGUGGCGAAAGAUCCGAGCCAUGAAGCGGGCCUUGUCUGUGUCCUGGGCCAACCAGGCAUCACAAAACUCCUGUCAAAGAAAGGAAAAGAGUAAACAGCAGCUGUAACUCACAGGAUUAUUCAAAUUAUUUAGAGGGGCUGGAUUUGAAAAAAGCUGUAUCCUCAACAUGUGUAACAGCAGUACCAAGUAUCAGGCAGAUAGGAGAACAGGGAGCAUUUGUUUUAAAAGUGCCAGAUUGAGUAAUUACAGGACCUGAUUCUUCUCAUCAGAUAUCUCCAAAGUCUGUAUUAAUAAAUGGAAAUAAAAUUUCUCAGUUACAAAAUGCAAAAGAAUUCGUACCCAGGACAGCUUGCUGUGGCAGGUAAACUCCCAGCAGGCCAGGUAAGUGGGACAGCAAUAAUCCUUCAACACGAUGUAUGCAGCUUCUGGAUCAGCAGCAAAAUUAAACUCAGCACACACUGUGGUGUUUCCUCGAGCUGAGGGAGUAAAUCAGAUCAAACUGCUGGUUACCUGUUUAGAGCAACCCUCAAAGGAGAUAAGAUACAAUAAAACUUUUGGUUUAUCUUGUCUGGAUAAAAAAUUUGACUGACAAUCAGUGUUGCCUCCCAUGAUGUAGAGGCCCCGGAGUUUGCUGGGUAGGGAUGGAUCCAUCCUCACAGCCAGAGCCAGGUUGGUAAGCGGUGCCGUGGCAACAAGAGACACCUGGGGAGAGCACUCAGACUCAAAAACCUUUCAGAUGACAACAGACCGAGAGAGAGCUGUGUCUUUAUCUGUAUCUUUUACCUCUCCUGGGUUUUCAUUGACAAUCCUGAUCAUGGCAGACACAGCACUCUCUUCCUGAACCAGGUCCUGGCUGGGAGGGUUGGGGCAUGGAGCAUCUCCCAACCCGUCCAGUCCGU